AUGACGCCGUCUGACGAAAGCCAGCACAGCGACGUGACCGCUGGGACGGUAAGAGGUUACAAAAUUAGAAGGGGAGGUAGCCGAGGAAGGGAAAACUCUUUGCGCCGAACUGCCAACCGAAGGGAAGACCCACUAUUUAGUUACCCAAAAGAUUAUCAAUUGGAGCACCCCAUCUUGCUUAACGGUGAGGAGCCAGAUAGUUGUCCUGAUGGCACUCUGGCUCGAAUGAAAAAAAACGCAAACGACGACGGGAGUAGCUAUGACUCCCUGGUGGAAGACUUUUUCGAAAACGCCAUAAAGAAUGCCAAAAAAGUAAGAAAAAAACAAAAGCAGGAAAGGGGAAGCGGGCCAAGUGAGCCAAGUGAACGAAGCGGACAAAGUGCUGAAGGCGAGCAGGUGGAGGCAGAAGCGGAGGAGGUGCCGGAGGACAAUGCAUUCCAACGGCAAAACGAACAGAACCAAGUGGAGGAGAACAAAAAAGACCCAAGCAAAAUGACCAUUAAGAAAAAGCUAAUACAAUGGACUAGCCAAAUGUUAAGAAGAAAUCUCAACAAACCACGAAUGCCUUUGAUGAGAAGGAAAAAAAACAGUAUGCACAUCUUGACGAAAAAAAAAAAAAAAAAUGAUGCCAAAGGUAAGAAUGCCAAAAUGGCUAGCCAGGCCAAACACACCAACGAGUGGAAUAGUUACCAGAACGACUUGGACAAAUAUAAACUCACCAAAGAAGAAAUGGAGCAAAAGAGAAACAGCUUGAAGUCGAAAAACUUAGACAAAGUGAAAGUCGAGUAUCACCAGAAGCUGCAACGGAUGAGGACGGGGAAGAACAACGCGCGCCCGGCGCGCAAGUCCGCUCCCGCUACGGGGGGGACCACAAGGUCGACUACGGUGACCAUCUCUGCGAUCGCCGCGACCGCGGCUACCACUGCUACCAGCACUGCACCCCCCAACGGAGUAAACAUAAAGUCAAACGAAGAACCGACGCUUAACGAGUGUGACCCACGUCGGGAAGGAACACAUCGAUGCGCCUCUCAUCAACGCAGUAGCAGAAAGGAUCACUCAAAAUUAAGACAAACCAGUACUGAUAAAAUGGAUAAAAGGAGGAAGGAACAAAGGGGGGGGCAUAGUCUGUCCGAUGUGAAUAACAACCAUCUAGGUAGCCCCUAUAGCGACACGCCCCCUUCCUACAUGCACACCAGUGAAAGAAAGUACCCCUCGCUGGACCUAAUCCAGAAUGAUGGUUUCUCCUCAGGUAGGCAAUACAGCCAAUGGGACAACCACAACCGGAGAGUGACCCAACAGAAGGAUCGACACCUUCCUAACCGCAGAUACCACCAUGGGGAAACUAAACAAAGGAACAAACAUACACAUUUGGACAAAUGGAGUGCCUUAAAUGACCCAUAUAGAUCGGCUCAAUUUGGAGACAACCAAACUUUUCGUGGAGAUUACCUUGGUAGUAGCAGCGAGUAUAGCAGUCUGUCAAGUGUGCUCCCCAGCGAGAGCGAUUUUGGCCUCGUCUCCUCUCAUGAGACGAGGCGUAAAGGCAACAGUGGGCAACAGAAAGGUAGAGACAAGUGGAGGGAUAAAUGGAUGGACAGACGGUAUGGUAACCACGCAGGAAAACCCCCCUCGAGGGCAAACACCAAGAGAAGCUCCAACCAUUUCUACUCACGUAACAACCGCAGUGACAGUGAUCGCAUGACAAUCUCGACGGACAGGUCAGCAUCCACAGGAGAGAGCACCAUGGAGUAUUUUGCAGAAGAAUUGAAAAAAAGGAACGAAGUUUUUUCGCCCAUUAUGGAAACGAUUGACAUCAGGGUGUACCCCCUGGAGGACCUUCCCCCUGUGGGCAGGAAGGAAUUGAAAGAAAAAAAAUAUUACCCCGAAUUAGGAAUCAAGUUCUUCUCUGAGGAGGGUUGCAGCCCAUCCCACUCUGAGAGAUCUCACUCUGAAAGCUCCCACCCCAGCAGUCCCCUCUCCAGUGGUGUCUCCUCCGCGAGUACUAACCAGAUCGAUCACUUGUGGGAUUCGGAUUACACAGAUCAGAUACAGAAACUAAGGUGCUCCCCUCAGAUGGACCAAGACAUACUAAGGCUGAAAAGAGCCAAACUGGAGACAUUCAAUUGUAUUAAGAAGAUGGUGGAGUCGGUUAGGACGUUCAUUUGUGAAGGGGACCUGGACGAGGCGCCGUCACGACGAGGGGGAGCGGCUUCAACACGAGUGGAAGCGCAGUCACCACGGGGGGGAACACCCCCUGGUGGAGCGCAUCGAACGAUGGAAGAAAUGGGAGAAAACUCUCUCAUCGAACGAAAGGGAAACAACCCAAUGAUGGAGCUUCUCUUUCGCGAAAACGAGCAAGUGUACGCAGAUGCGCAGCCGUCGCGAAGACAACAGGCGGGGUACACAAAUGACGAAGCGGAGGAACAUUACGAACAGUCAAAAUCAAUCCAGAGUGAAUAUAAUAAUUACAUGUACUUAGAUCAGCUCGAGCAAAGGGAUGAUACGUCCAUUUCAGCUCCUCUCAGCGAUCAUAAAAUGGAAGUGAUUCUCCAUCAGGACCAUCUGCGAGGAGAUCUCCAAGGGGAGGAAUAUCCAGAUAAAGAUGUCCAACUGGAGACCAACAUAAGUGGCCACCCAGAUCACAGUAACAACGUUUUAAAUUCCAAUUAUGCUGAUAAUUUUUCCACCGUCAGUUCGAAUUUGUGUGGAAGCUUGUCCAGGUUGGAUCUGACUGGGAGUGACUUGCAGAAUGAGGGAAACGCGGCGGCAUCCAUUCCCCAGCGAAUCAGUCCGCGCGGUUGGAAGGGCCAUCAAGUGGGGAGAGGCCACAGAGGAGCUUCGGUGGGGAAGGCCACCACAGAGACAGGCAGACAGAAAGACAUAGGCAGACCCACAGACACAGGCAGAGACACAGCUAAUAUGGCCACUGCUAAUAUGGCAACGGUUAAUAUGACGACUGCUAAUAUGGCCACCGCUGAUCUGGGCGGCGCGAAGCUCAGGCGGCCGGAACCAGCGAUCCGUGCUGCCAAAGAGGGUUCCCUGACGAACCAGCGCAGAGACGCAAAGCAAUCCCAAAGGGUCACCAACAAAAAGGAAAGCAACCCCAGCGUCGAAUCAAUUUCAAGUACAUCGAAGGGGAGUCGCCAAGGUACCUUCAAGACGAAAGUUCACUCCGGAGUGGACACUAGAAAUACGGGACAGGCUGCCCUUAACAGUACACGCAUAGAAAAAAAGACGUUUAACGAAACGAGGACACUGUUGAGGGGUAAAGGGAAGGGCGAGGCAAAAGAUGGGAAGUUGACCGAUGUGCGCGGUGUGGGUGGCACGACAGACGCUGGAACGGAUGCAGCGAAUGCAACAAAGGAUGUUACGGCUAGCACAAGAGCCCACCCACGCGAUCAGCGACUAAUCAGCCAGAAAAUUCUAAAUACCUCCAUCAACUUCGACGAGACGCAGAAUCUGAGUGACGAAGAUCAGUUCAUCUUUGACACCUAUCUGAAUGAGGCCACCCCCAAGAGGGAAGACAAUUUGGAGGAUAUCAUCCGCAACCAGGUCGCACUGUUCGAGCGGGACUUCCUAUGA